AUGCCCAAGCUGGGAGACACCAAAAGGAGCCGUGCUGCAGGAAAGAACGGUCGCUGGGGUCAUCGCGAGAAAUGUACGGUCGUGAACAAAGUAUCCCGACGCGAUGAGUGGUGGCGAUCAAGGGGGGAAGCGAACGCCCUCUCGGGGGCUUGCUUUGUGCUCUGGCCGGGAUCUCGGUACAUGUAUCCCAACCUCCCCUCGCGCUCCUCUCCGCUGCUUGGGGCUUGGUACGGUAGAUACUGGGGCCCGCCCCGGUGUUUCGUAACCAUUGACGCUCACCGCAACAUCAGCGCGCUCAGUGGCCGGGAUGUGGACGUUUCUGCACAGACGACCCCCACUUAG